AUGGCGACCCCGUUCCGCCUGGACCCGGAGCGCUCAGUCACCGAGACGGUGGGGCAGGUGCUGCGCCGCAUCGCGCACUGGCACGCGCUCAACUGGGCCACCUACUUCGGGCACAUUUGGGACGCCCAACCGCUGGCGCAGCUCGUCGAGACGCGGACUCGAGCCUCGGUAGGCGAGCAACCCGUCCCCGUCCCGAUCCCGCUCCCGGUCUUGGUCUCGGUCGGACUGGAACCGGCUUUUGUCUGCUCACGACUUGGCGACCGGCCACGGCCCGCUUCGCAGCCGACACGACUCGACUCGCAUCGCCUCGCCUCGAGUCCCCCUCUCCGGCGAGGACUCGACGUACCGGCACCUGCGAAACGGGCCUGUGCUGGCCACCAACAUUUGCUUGCAUGCUCUCUCUCUCUCUCUAUCUAUCUACCUAACUAUCUAUCUAUCUAUCUAUCUAUCUAUCUAUCUGUCUUAUUAUCCAUCCAUCUAUCUAUUUCCAUCUAUCUAUCUAUCCAUUCACCUAUCUAUCUAUAUAUCUAUCUAACUACCUACCUAUCUAUCCGCCUAUCUAUCUAUCUCUUUCCAUCUAUCUAUCCAUCUAUCCACCUAUCUAUCUCUAUAUAUAUCUACCUAACUACCUAUCUAUCUAUCUUUCCGCCUAUCUAUCUAUCUGUUUCUAUCUAA